AUGUCGGAGGCGCCUAAGCGUUGCUACUAUGAGGUGCUUGAGGUGGACAGAAAAGCGUCACUGGACGAAAUUCGUCGUGCGUACAAGCAACAGGCUCUUCUGCAUCAUCCGGACAAAAAUUAUGGCAAUGUGGAGAAUACAGUGGCCAUAUUUAAGGAGAUUCAGAAUGCAUAUUCUGUCCUUAGUGAUUCAGAGGAGCGUGCGUGGUAUGACGCCCAUCGGGAAAGUAUUUUGAAUGGAGAAGAUGCUGAAGGUUCUGCAAACGAUAUUAAUUUAUAUGGCUACUUUUCUUCCAGAUGCUAUGAUGGCUUUGAUGAUGGUGAGGAUGGAUUUUUUAGUGUGUAUAGGCGGGUAUUUGAUCAAUUGCUGGAAGAUGAAAGUGAAUAUGAUGAUAGGGCCAAAUGUUGGCCUCGAUUUGGUGAGAGUUCAACAGAGUGGAGUAGUGUGUCAGAGUUUUAUUCUUAUUGGAAAAAUUUUGCUUCCUUUAAGAACUUUGCAUGUAAAGAUGAAUACAAGAUAAACGAAAUCCCUGAUCGUGCAUCCAGACGAAUGGCUGAACGGAUUAAUCAAAAGGCACGGGCAGCUGCUAAAAAAGAAUACAUACAAGCUGUGCAAAGCCUUGCUCGGUUUGUAUACCGUCGUGACCCUCGGGUUCAAGCUGAGAUGGCUCGCCAAGAGGAAGAAGAACUCCGAAUAGCAAAAGAAAAAGGGCAGAAGCGUUUGGAGCAAGCACGAAGGCGCCGUGAAGCAAAUGAAAAACUUUGGGUAGCUGCAGCGGAGAAGGAAGCGGAGGAAGAACAAGCUCGACUUGACAGAGGGGAAGCUACGGGUGACCACACUUUGGAGUUGCUUUACGAAAAGCAACGCCAAAUGGAGGAGAUGCGAAAGACAAGGGGCAGUAACGGUGAAGGAUUUGCAAUGCUGGAGGGCGACGAUGAAGACGAGAAUGAAGUAAACAAGUUUAGCUGCCCCGCAUGCAAGAAACAGUUUAAGAAGAGCGGGCAAUACAAGGAACACAUAAACAGCAGCAAGCAUAAGGCGAAGUUGAAGCAACUCUCUGGUAAGGGGGUGAGUGUUGAGGCACUUAUGAAAUGGAGUGAGUAA